CCCGGCGGUGCCCGAGCGUGGGGGGAGACGACACGGAAGGACCAUGUGGGUGCUGCGGGUGAUCGUGGUCCUGGGGACCCUCCUGGCCUUGGCUGCAGCUCAGCGUCGAGCCGGUGGCCGGAGCCGUGACCGGAGCCGGGCCUGGAGCGGGCGGCCGGCGGCGUUCCGGAGCUGGGACGCGGAGCUGUACCGGCCGUGGCAGGAGGGGAUGCGCGACUGCUGGCGAGGCGGCGACGUCACCUUCGACAUCAGCAACGACGCUCCCACCAUGGCGGGCGCCGACGCCACGUUCUCCAUCGCCCUGCGCUUCCCCGGCACCCAGGCGGUGCUGCCCGACGGCCGCGUCGUCUGGAGCCAGAACUGCACCGUCAACGGCACCCGCGUGGCCCGGGGCGAUCCCGUCUUUCCAGAGCAGCCGGACGAGGAUGUGGACGGCGUCUUCCCCGACGGGCAGCCCUUCCCCAGGGGCAAGCGGGGCAAAUUCGUCUACGUCUGGUGGACGUGGGGGCGCUACUGGCAGGUGGUGGAUGGGGCGGCGUCGCGGCUCACGGUGGGCACGGCCGGGGUCCCCCUCGGCUCCUACACCAUGGAGGUCGUUGUCUACCAUUACCGUGGCCGUCAGAAGUUCAUCCCCAUCGGCCGUGCCAGCACUCAGUUCAGCAUCACUGACCAGGUUCCCUUCGCGGUGGACGUGAAGCAGGUGCAGGACGUGGCGGCGGGCGACGGGCGCUUCGUGCGGAACCGCGCCGUGGCCUUCACCGUGCGGCUGCACGACCCCAGCCGGUACCUGCGCGACGCCGACGUCGCCUACUCCUGGGACUUCGGGGACCAGAGCGGGACCCUCAUCUCGCGCAGCCCCACCGUCACCCACACCUACCUGGAGGCCGGGUCCUUCAACGCCCGCCUGACCCUGCAGGCCGCCAUCCCCCUCAGCCCCUGCGGCACCUCCGCCGCCCCCAUCGUGAACCCCACCACGGGCCCCCCGCCCUCGGCGCGCCCCACGCCCACCCAGCCCGCGGGCACCACGCCGGGCGGGCAGGGCACCACCGGGGCGCCCAGCACCGCUCCCACAGCCCCCAUCGAGCCGGCGGAGCCCACGGGGGGAUCGGCGGCUGAGCCCUCGGACCCCACUGGCACCGAGCCCUCGGACCCCGCUGGCACCGAGCCCGCCCUCCUGGCGCUCAGCACCGCCGUGAGCGGCACCGGGACCGGCUCUCCCGCCGUGUCCGGGGCUCCCCUGCUCCCCACCUCGGUGGCCCCGGCAGGGGACACACUGGUCACGGUGGCCCCCGCGCCCUCGGAGGGAACGGUGGCUGCAGAUGCAGAGACAGACGGAGCCACGGAUGGUGCCACAGCUGGUGCCACAGCUGGACCUGCAGCUGAAGCCACAGUAGGAGCCACAGCAGGAGCCACAGCUGGAGUCACAGUUGAUGCCACAGCUGGAGCCACAGUUGUAGUCACGGUUGAUGCCACAGUUGAAGAAACAGUUGAUGCCACAGCCGAAGUCACAGUUGAUGCAACAGCUGGAGCCACAGCUGGAGCCACAGCUGAUGCCACAGCUGGAGCAACAGUGGGAGCAACCGUGGGAGCCACGGCUGUAUCCCUUGCUGCUGCCACGGCUGGAGCCAGCACCAGAGCCAGCACCGGAGCCACCGCCGCGCCGCUGGUGCUGGUGAAGCGCCAGGCACCGGCCGCAGACUCCACCGGCUGCAUCCUGUACCGCUACGGCACCUUCUCCACACAGCUCGACAUUGUCCAGGGCAUCGAGAGCGUGGCCAUCGUGCAGGUGGUGCCGGUGGUGCCCGAGGGCAGCGGGAGCAGCGUGGAGCUGACGGUGACCUGCGAGGGGAGCCUCCCCCAGGAGGUGUGCACGGUGGUGGCCGACCCCGAGUGCCAGACGGCGCAGACGGAGACGUGCUCGGCCGUGGCACCCGCGCCCGGCUGCCAACUCGUGCUGCGCCAGGACUUCAACCAGUCCGGCCUCUACUGCCUCAACGUGUCCCUGGCCAACGGCAACGGCCUGGCCGUGGCCAGCACCCGCGUGGCCGUCGGAGGCGCUGCCCCGGCCUCGGGAAGCCCCACGAUUUUUGUGGGGCUGGUGCUCGUCGCUGCUGCCCUGGGCACGGCCGCCUACACCUACAGACGAGUCAAGUACACCCCCCUGCUGGCCAUGGCCCCCCCGACCCCCCGGCCCCGGGGGUGGCUGCCCCCCGGCCCCGCCCUCCGCCUGCUGCUGCACCGGGCCUUCGGGGGGGCUCCGAGCGGCGAGAGCAGCCCCCUCCUCCGCGGGAACACCGUCUAG